AUAUAUAUAUACAUAUAUACGCAUGAGAGAGAGAGAACUCCGACUAGAAUCUGAUUAAAACCCUAUAAGCCAAGCCGUCCAAGGUCCCUUUCUACGGCAACCAGAACGAUUUUUGCUGUCGUAUCAGCCCGUGUUGUGCGGUGGGUCAGUCGGUGGCCGGUGACGGACGUGCGGCGGAGAUGAAGGUUGUGGGACUAGUAAGUGGCGGCAAGGACAGCUGCUAUGCCAUGAUGAAAUGUAUCGAAUACGGCCACCAGAUUGUCGCAUUGGCGAAUUUGUUGCCGUCUGAUGAUUCAGUGGACGAGCUUGAUAGCUACAUGUAUCAAACUGUCGGGCACCAGAUAGUUGUCAGCUAUGCAAAAUGCAUGGGAGUGCCAUUAUUUCGAAGGCGAAUACAAGGAUCAACAAGGGAUCAUAAUCUUAGCUACAAUAUGACUCCCGGUGAUGAAGUUGAAGAUAUGUUUAUCUUGUUAAAUGAAGUAAAACGACAGAUACCCUCCAUUACGGCAGUUUCUUCUGGUGCAAUUGCAUCAGAUUAUCAGAGACUACGGGUGGAAAGUGUGUGUUCGAGAUUGGGACUUGUUUCUCUGGCUUAUUUAUGGAAGCAAAAUCAGUCAUUGCUCCUUCAAGAAAUGAUAAACAAUGGGAUUGUGGCUGUCACAGUAAAGGUUGCAGCCAUUGGAUUAUCCCCUUCAAAGCACUUGGGGAAAGAACUAGCUCACUUGAAGACCCAUCUACACAAGUUAAAAGAGUUGUAUGGUAUAAAUGUAUGUGGUGAAGGAGGAGAAUAUGAAACAUUAACACUUGACUGUCCCCUCUUCAAUAAUGCUAGUAUUGUGCUGGAUGAAUUUCAAGUUGUACUUCACUCUUCAGACUCGAUAGCUCCUGUUGGAAUCCUUCAUCCUCUGACAUUCCAUUUGGAAAAUAAGCCAGAGCACGUCUCUUUAAGCGACAAUAAUAGUAGUGGCUCCUGUCCGGGAAAAAUGGAUUCUGUAUAUGAAGUUCUUGGGGACUGCCCAGAAAGAUGUGAAGUUAAGAGCCAGUCUUUUGUUGUGGCCUUAAGUUCAACUGAAGUUCCAGAACAUAAACUCCACAUUUCAAAAACUAAACGGGAUAAUACAUUUUCCAUAAGUUGCUGGUUGCAGGAUUUUUGCAAAACUUCAGCAGAUCUGCAAGAGGAUCUUAAGGCCGUUUUAAUGAAAAUCGAGUUACAACUCAAGGAGUAUGGUUGUUCUUGGGAGGAUGUACUGUACAUCCAUCUAUAUGUUGCUGAUAUGAAUGAGUUCGCAAUGGCAAAUGAGACGUACGUGCAAUUUAUAACGCAGGAGAAGUGCCGUUUUGGUGUUCCAUCCCGCAGUACGAUUGAGCUUCCUCUGUUGCAAGUUGGUUUAGGAAGGGCAUAUGUUGAAGUAUUGGUGGCAAAUGAUCAAAGUAAAAGAGUUUUGCAUGUUCAAAGUAUCUCUUGCUGGGCUCCUAGUUGCAUUGGACCAUAUAGCCAGGCAACCUUACACAAGGAGAUGCUUCACAUGGCUGGGCAGCUGGGGCUUGACCCUCCAACUAUGUCACUCUGUAGUGGAGGCCCUACUGUGGAGCUUGAGCAAGCCCUGGAGAACAGUGAGGCAGUGGCACAAUGCUUCAAGUAUUCUAUAUCUACAUCGGCUAUUGCCUUUGUCAUUUACUGUUCGCAUGACAUUCCUUCAUCAGAAAGGAUCAGUAUCCUGGACAAGCAGGAUUCGUAUCUUAAGCAAAAGAGAUCGCUUCAUUUAGAUAAUGGAAACAUGUCUAAGAUUCUUGACCCCAUUUUUUUAUAUGUUCUUGUGCCUGAUCUCCCAAAAAGAGCGCUUGUGGAAGUGAAGCCUACCCUAUAUGCUGCGGAGGAUACAGAAACUGCUAAUGAUCAUGUUGUGCCAGACCUGUCAUGCAAAGUGGCAUGCGGUUACUGGGGUUUCCAGCAUGAACUCUGGCAUGAUAUUUGCUUUCAGAAAUGUAUUGUUCAUGGAAAAAUAUGUGCAAUCAUCCUAUCAAUUACAGAUGAACUGGCUGUGAAGAUCUGUUCUGAGUCUGCAAGCACAAAUCAAGUUGAUGGGGAUCGGCGAACUUUUCUCACAGAAGGAAAAAUGAAAAAAAUAGCAAGGUUUUCCAUUUAUCUUCUUGAUAAAAUACUUCUGGAAAGCUAUUUUACUUGGGAUGAUACAAUGAACUUGAGGCUCUAUUACCCAACAAGUCUUGAGAUGUCCCAUGAAACAUUAUCAGUCAUGUUCAGCAAUGUAUUUAACGAAUUCGCUGAAAUGAGUGGGAGGGUUAAGAGUAGCAAGGAACCGAUUUUCAACCUUGUUCCUGUCUUAGGGGCUGGGAGGUCUGCAACAUCGAUGGAUGAUAUUAUUACAUGUGAAUUAUUUGCCAGGAAAUCUUGAACAACUCCAUUAGCCUUUGUGGAGCCAUUUGUUUAUGCAAUCAGCAAGAAUCCAGCGAGCAGUUCAUAACAAGGUUCCAUUCCAUACGAAUAAUUAGCACUUCAUUUGUUUUUUAUGUAAACAUCAAAAAGAAACCAGCAAGGAAAAGAGCAGUUUAGACAGUACGAAUUUUUAGCACCUGAUUGUGGUUUUAACCCUUUGUUUUAGGUCACCUUAUAAACCAUAUGCUUAAGAAUUUUGUUUUUUUAAUUAAUUAGUGUAAUUGUGAUGUAUUCUCCAGGGUUUUACGAUAACUUUUCUAUAUCAGGGUCUGUUUUUGCCUU